AUGAUUAUCAACACCUGCUUCGUGUUGAUAACCUUGAUUCGAUUUUCCGAGCCUUUUUUGUUCGGUGGAGGCGGCGGUAAUUGCGGCUGCAAUUGCGCUCCACCGCCAAGGUGUCCGCAGAUCUCAACUUGCGCCAUUCCGGUCCCUUGCUCCAACUUGGCUGCUCCGGCUGCAGCCUAUACGGUAGGAAUGAUCGGUUUUUUUGUUUCUAAACUUUUCCGAAUACUUUUUUUUUCUCAAGCAGGAUUCACUUUUAUUUAUGGGACCGUCUGAAUAAAUGGAAAAAAAAAUUGUGUUUAAGACGAAAAAAAUUCAAUUUUUCCUUUUUUAUUAGAACUUCUAAAAAAACUACCUUCUGAAUUGUUAAAAUCUUUGUAAGAUUUUUUUUUCGAUUUUUUUUACUUGACAAUUUUUAAAUAAUUUUUCUUAUCGUCCUAUCCUACAUUUCUGUUUCCAAUAACCUCCAAUUUGAGUUCACAUUUUAGUUAUUAGUUAUUUCGCAGAAAAGGUAACAAAAAUUAUAAUUUUGAACAAUUCAGCGCUGGUUUUUUUCAAACUUGCGUUCAAACCUCGCGAAUAAAAUUCCCUCUAGGGCUUCUAAGUAUUCUUAAGUGACUUCUUUAAUUUGAUUCGUCGUUUUUCUCCGAUUUUAUCAACGUACCUUCUCGGGCCGCUAAAUGGCUCGAAGAAGGCCCCAGAAAGCGGCAAAAAGAGUUCCUUUUUGGAGCCUUUUUUGAGUUCUCAGGCUCAAGAAGUGGUGGGAAAGAAAGAGGCAGUAAAAACGGUGCAUAAAAGCCGAUAAAAUGGCGCAAAAAGGCACCGAAAAAGGAGCCAUUGUCACGAAAGGAAGAUUCAUCGAAAUUAACUAAAAAUAUUCUUUUUUCAUUCCAAGUUUCAAUUGAAAUCCAAAAGUUCAGGGCUCCUACGCUUCCGUGGCCCCAGCGAUCCCUUCAAUACCAGCUUCAUCCUUCGCCACUUCCUACUCGGCCAGUUAUGCCCAACCCAAAAUCCCCCUCCUACCCGCACCAGCUCCCGUUCUUCUACCAGUCCCGCCUCCGUACCCCUUCUCCAGCUCUUCCUACCGACCUUCGCCAAGUGCCCCCAUACCGUUCCCUCCGCCGCCCGCACUUCAACCCCAGCAAGUCCUUCCGGCAAUGCUUCCAGCACCGUAUAAUCAACUCCCGGAGGCUUCUUAUUCUCAGGUUUAGGUUGAGCAAAUUGUUUUCCUUAAAUUUCUCAACGUAGCUUUUCAUGCGGUACGAAGAUUCAUCAAAAUAAAUCUUAAUUUUGAAGAAAGUUAGGCGAUGUGCCUAAAAAUGAAAAAUAUUGAAUUCAAACUUUGAAAAUGAUAUUGAGGUCCUAUAUUGUUUACUACCACAGUUAAAAAAAUAUAGAUUUUUCAAAAAAAUUUUUAAGAUUAAGAAGCAGAGCAAAAAAACCUCUUGAGAAUUUUUUUCAAAUUUUGACGAAUUAAAAAAAUUUUUUUGGCGCGAUUUCAAAAAAAUGCAAAAAGCUUUUUUUUUUUUUGGCAUAAUAAGUCUGAAACAGACACACCACGAAAGUUUUAAAAUCGCGCCAAAAAAACAUAAUUUGUCUAAAUUUGAAAAAUUUCUCAAGAGGUUUUUUUUUGCUUCUUGAUCUCAAAAAUUUUUUUGAAAAAUAUAUUUGUAUUAAGUAAUUUCAAGGUUCUGUCACAUCAGAGAACAUAAGUCAGAUGAAGACCCUUAAUUUUUUUUUCAAAAAGAACAGAAAUAUUUUCAGAUCAUGAUCACACCGCCCAACUACUUCCCGGCGACCAUUCCUUAUGAGUAUGGACAUUUUUAACCUCUUUUUUUUUGGUUCCUUUCCUCAAACAUAUUUUGAAACGUCCCCUCGACAUAAAGAAAAUUCAGAUUUCUACUGAUUAUUUGAUUCAGAAUGAUCGGAAUAACGGCUACGAUAGCGCCAUCAACACUGCCGUACAAGGUCCACAGUGGUUACGCAGAUGGACCUGUAAGAAAUAUUCCAAUAAGGGAAAAGUAUAUAUUCAAUGGUUUCCGCGCAGUAAUAUUCAAAAAGAAAAAUAUGAAAAACUACAGUAUGCUGGACCUUUUUGCGCGAUUCGCUUCGAGACCUGCGCCUUUUGCGCCUUCUUAAGAACGCUAGAGGGGUCACUAGAGGGUUUAAGAAGGGAAAAAAACCUAGAGUAGACAACAUAGUGCUCCCUAGAAGUCAGACCUCUAAGCUUCUAAAGCUUGAGUGGUCCCUAUAGGGGUCUUUCGAUUUUUGUUCUGAUUUUAAGACCAUUAGCAUGAUUCCCUUGAGUGGCCACUUUUGCAAGCCUAGUGCCCUCUAUAGAGGGCACUAGGGCGAUAAAGUCCCUCAAGGGAAUCCUAAAAGAAACUCCUAAGUUUGCCCCUCUAGGGACCACUCUGACAGUUCGAACUUUGCUUUAAGACCUGCUCCUUUUGCGCUUUUCCCUUUAAGACCUGUAAUCUGAAGGUGUACGGUACUUUGUCCAGAAAAAAAAAACGUGACAAGCUGGCAUGGAACAGACUAAAACAAAGUUGAUUCCAGGCGGACAAGGAGCACUACGAAGACAUGUCCUAUUCAACUCCGGCUUCUAAUUACGACGAUUCGUCCCCCGCCCUGCCUCCGCCGGUCCCGAACGAUUCGGAAACAGAAUACGAGAGUCGGCCCCCAUAUUCGACGUCUUCUGCGAGUUAUUCCCCGCAGACCUACGACUACAAAACGAGUCAAGUCGUUCAACAAAACUCUGAUCGAGGUUAGCUUUUCCAGUUUGCCUAAAAUGUUUACAAAAGUCGAAAAAGUACCCUUAUUUUUGUAAUUCCAGUAGGACUUCACGACGAGUUUAACUUUGAAUGAACCGGAAUUGGAAUUCUAGAAUUUCUCGAGCAAAAUUCUCAGGAAAAUUUGAAUAUAAUAUCAGAAAGUGUUUUACAAAAACAAAUCAAUGAUAAAAACCUUAGAACGCCUUUCAAAGCUUUGAGGAAGAUUCUCUGUAUUUUUCUUCAUUCUCUGAAUUUUAAAUUUUUUGUUUUUUUGCCGUUCUUCUUGUCCGUGAUCCUGAGGUUCAAUUUUGUAAAAGUAGUUGUCUCUAGGAGAACAAAAGUUUUAUCAAAAAUGCGUUUUAAUAAAUUUUUUUGAGGAACAGAGUUUAAUAAAACAAAAAACAUCGAAUUCCGUUCAAAAAAAAACGGUACCUAACUUUUUCUGAGUUUUUGAUGAGUAGAAUUUGAAAUUCCAUUUUCAUCUUUUUUCGGAUCCUGAAUUGGUCAAUUUCCAGCAACCUACGAAAACGAACUGGACGAAUUGAGCCAGCUCGUCGAUUCGCAAAACUCGACUUGGCCAGUUCUCCCUUCAAGUCAACGAAAAAUUACGGAAAGUAUGUAAAUUUUGUCUCAGAAUUUAUAUAACUUUGAUUUUUCAGUUUAUCCAGAAAGUAUGUUCGAGAAACGGCACGCGAUUUUGAAGCGAAUGAAGGUGAGUUUUGAAAAAGGGAAGGAAUUUGAAGGAGGCACUUUAUCGAUUUUUUUUUUUUGAAAAAUUUCGUUGCGAAGCGGCUCUGAUGGUAUGAUAAAAACCAACUAAUGAUUGUUUUGGCCUAAAAAAAUUAGUUUUGAAGAAAAAAUAGGAAGAAAUACGUGUAGACAGCGAAGCCCCGCCCCUUUUCGUGAUGGUUUUUUGGUCUUCAUGUUUGCUGUUUUUUUGCAAUCCCAAUACUGAACAUUUUUGAAGGAACCAUUUAAAAGAGAAAAAAAACACCGAAAACUGAAGGAAAGCUCCUGAACUUGAAAAAAUUAAACUUUUUGGCAGAUUUUGGAAAAUGCUGUUGUGGUUCCUAGAAGUACGUUCAGGAAUUCUAAAAAGUGUUUAUAGUAACUUUCCUUAAUUCAUAAUAUUUUUCAGAGUUCGAAAGACGACGAUACUGUUCCACGGACGAAGAACACGUGCAAUUCGAUGAAGCUCGCGAAUGUUAUGGCUAGAGUUCGUUUUUCCAUGUUUAUAUGAAGAAAAAUAAUAAAAAUUCUAGCAUUUAUUCAUUUCAGGACGUCUUUGAAGCAUGGUAUAACAUGAUAAAAAUCAUCUCUUGGAGUAAAAAUAGAUAAAUUUUGAGAAAUUGAAGAUUUGUAGAGUCAACUCGAAAUUUUUAAAAUUUUGUUCGGAUAAUCAGAACUUCUCCGGAUGUUCUCUGUUUCGAAUUUCAUUGAAAAAAUGCAAAUUUUUGGAUAAUUUCGAUCUUCCUCGAAUUGUUGGGCUGUUUUAGAAUAGAAGAUUAAUUUCAACUUUAUUUUUUUCAAAUUUUUUUAUAAUGGGUCCAAGAAGCUUUGUGUGAUGAGAAAGAAGGACCUUUCUGAAGGUAAUUUCAACUUCAGGCUAUCGUCGACGACGUAUCCGUGUCUAAAAGAAUGGUUCAACACGCCACGGAACUCGCUUUCGAUGGAGCCAAGUUUGAAUACUUUCUUUCUUUUUUUCUCUAUAUGGACUAAAAAAACUAUGACCCGGGCAAAGUCCGAAAGGUCUCAAAAAGAACUUUCGGAAUUUGGAACCUUUUUUUCUUGACCUUUUGUGAAAACGACCUUUUAGAGAGCAGAAAAAGUAUGAGGCGGAAAAAGGGGAAAAAAAGGAGAUUCCGAGGAACUUCUGGGAAGAAAAAUUUUUACGUAUUUCCACAUUUAUCACUAUAAAAAUUUAAUCGAUUCUUCAAAAAUCUCAAAAAAAUGAAAUUAAAUCGACUCGUCCUAUGUAAAAUAUCCUUGAAAUCAACAGAAAUAACUAAAUUUUCAUGAAAUUUUUCAGAUUCGAUGUUUUUUGCGCUACGGGCGAGUUCAGCUACAGUAUCCACGCGAGAAAGUACUGUGAAGUCACGAGCAAUGACGUCACUUGCUUCUCAUUCCGUUAA